UAAUGAAAAAUACAGGUUGUCCAAGCAAGAUGGCGACUUAUCUUCACCUAUGUUAUUUGUUGGCACUAUUUACAACUGUGUUCGGACUACCAGAGCUUGGAAUUUGGACGGUUAAAUAUGAUCAGGACAAUAUCAUUCACGGAUUUACCAAGAGUGCUUUUGCUUCAACAAAGAUAUCAGUUGCAAUAUCUUGCAGCCAUGCUGAUAGUGUAGAAGUGAUGUGGGUGAUACGUUUUUCCCCGUGUGCUCAAGAGUAUGAUGCGGUCGAAGGUGAUAAGAAUCGUCUAAUGAGCUACCUGAUGGCACCUCAGAUCCAGUAUGGCUUGGACUUUGACUACACUACUGUUGAGAUGAUGCAUAAUACCACCACCAUCGUCUGCGGAGACAGUCAAGUCAAUCUACCGAAUUAUUCGAAAAUCAAGCCACAGAAAUUCCCAGCUAUUAAAGUGUCAUCAACUGGGUCUCCCAAAGAAGCAACUACGGCAGCAGCAGCAACUACGCCAGCUUCAAGACGGCGCAGAGCUGCAGCUGAAAACAAAGACCAGAAUCUAACAUCCACUGCUGCCCCAGUAUCUCAACAUCCACCCGAUGAGAUUGACCACCAUGUGUUCGCGCAGCUGUGGAAAGAUGGCUACUAUCUCUUCGUGCUGCAGCUGCAACCACUCCCCUUUAACAAAUCCAAGGAUUUCCAAGCUGAUGUGACCGUCCGAAUGCCAGGCCCCCAUGGCUACAUCUCAGCAGUGGAGUUCCCGCUGGAAAUCUUCUACGGCAUCAUGGGCCUGGUGUAUAUUGUGUAUGGCCUGGUCUGGCUCGGGCUGCUGGCCUGCAAUUGGCGCGAUCUGCUUCGUGUACAGUUCUGGAUCGAGGGGGUCAUUGUUCUAGGCAUGUUGGAGAAGGCUGUGUUCUUCGCAGAAUAUGAGAGUAUAGCCAAGAGUGGACUGUCAGUGAAUGGAGCUAUCAUUGUUGCUGAGCUUGUGUCGUCCAUGAAGCGAGCACUGGCCAGGAUGCUGGUUAUCGUCGUCAGCCUCGGUUUCGGAAUUGUCAAACCGCGUCUGGGGGAGACUUUCCACAAGGUGCUGUGUGUGGGUGUCAUGUACUUCACGCUGGGCUCCAUCGAAGGCUGCAUGAGAGCUCUGAAGCCCAAGAGUGACCAGUCCAACGAGUUGAUGCUAGCGGCUGUACCACUAGCUGUCUUGGAUGCAGUCAUCUGCUGGUGGAUUUUCUCAAGCCUUGUCCAGACCACCAGGACCCUGAGACUGAGAAGGAACAUCGUGAAACUCUCUCUCUACAGACACUUCACAAACACCCUCAUAUUUGCUGUGCUAGCUUCCAUUGCCUACAUGAUCUGGUCCAUCACACAGCACAAGAUGAAGGCAUGCAUCACGGACUGGCGUGAGCUGUGGGUGGACGAGGCAUUCUGGCACCUGCUCUUCUCUGUGCUGCUUCUCAUCAUCAUGAUCCUGUGGAGACCCACAGCCAACAACCAGAGGUAUGCCUUCUCCCCGCUGUUGGAUGCUGCUGAGGACGAUGUAGAUGACGACACUGUCAUGAAUGAUGCCUUCGAUGGAAUGAAGAUGAGGACCAAGACCUACUCCAACGGAUCCCCAAAGCAGAAGGACUCCAGGUCAAAAUCAGUGGAUGAUGACCUAAGAUGGGUUGAAGAGAACAUCCCAUCAUCGCUGUCUGACAAAGCCCUGCCAAGCCUCCUGGACUCGGAUGAAGAACUACAGAACACGCACUUUGAGAUUUCCAAGAUGGAGUAGAGGGCUAUCUAACUCGUCAAGUGUGAACGACACCAAUCCUUGCGAGACAUCAACUGUAUAUACUGCACCACUUCCAGGCUGUCAUUCAUCUUCUUUGGGAGGGGGGCGAGGAGAGGGUCUAGGGGGCGAGUUUGCUAUGGUGCUUUAGGCAUCACAUUUCACCAUAUUUAAAGUCAAUGAUCAUGGCCAGGGUAAGAACGAUACGGCCAGUUUGGCAAGCAGAUCUCGUUGACUGUGUGGUAGGUUGUGCGUAUGAGUAGGCCAUCACAAUCACACUCAGCAUGCUGAGAUGGUUGAGUAGACUUCUGAAAUAGAUCUUUGGCACAAGUUCAAUCCGUGAUGGAGACGUUUAACAACAUUCAAUCACUACUAGGACUGGGACGAUACAACAACUGUACGAUCCGAUACAUAUCACGAUACUUGCAUGUGCUCUAGUCUGUGGUGCGUAAGCAUCUUUGUCAUAGACAGUAUGGCCAAAUGCCUGGCACUUGGCAGUGUCAAGUAUGGCGCAGUGGAUGAAUUUUUUUACAUUUUUUCUGAUCUUUUUCACUAGUACAUAGUGUUUGGUAUAACAUUCAUUAAAGAAUAAAUUUAAGUGAAGAAUCGAUACUUUUUACUUUUAGUGUCAUUGUGAUCGAUACUUGUAUACUUGAAAAAUCACGAUCCACAAAUGCACCGGUGUAUCGUCCCACUACUAAUCACUACCAGCUUAGAAUAUUUAUCAAGUGUCUGUUAUUGUCACACAAUGUGUAAGAUUGAGUUGUAAAACUUCCCCUGAUCAUUGGUCUUGGUCUGUCAGUGCUAUGUAUCCGUGCUAGUUGGUUCCACAAAAGUGUUAGUGGCCACGACCUCUGUUACAGGUGGUCUCCCUCCCGAACUGCCCUAUCUCUUCUGCUUGUUCUUUCCUCUGCUGUGAUAAGUACCAUGUUCAUGUGAACAGCUAUUUAGGAUGAGGCUUGACACGAAGACGAAGACGAAGACCUGGAUGUUGAGGAAUCAACAUCUGGGAAGAUAUUGGCAUGUAGAGUACAUGCGGGUCAAAUAUUACUAUCAGUUUGUAGCACUACAGGUUAUAUUGGCUCUGAGGUUAUGUCUAUCUUAGGGCUGGGAUGGGUAACUCGGGUACUUGUCGGGUGGGUCCUGAGUAGGACCCGGUUACCCACAGGACUACCCAGCCCCGUUGUUAGUCACGUGAUAUAUUGUUUAAUGACAAAAACUCACUAUAGCUCAGUGGUUACACUACAAGUCGCUAAUUUUUGCAUUUCUUUCUGACGAUGCACACACAUUCCUUAUGACUUGUAUAUGUUUGAGUUAAGAUAAAGCUUCAGUCCACUUUAGUGACAGUGGUCUGGUUGCUGAUUGUUUGAUACAUUUAUCUAAAUAGUUUUUGCAGGGCUGCAGUAAAACAAUUACCCGUCAGACAUUUUGUUCCCAACUCUUGAGACCUGCAGUGGCUACCCGCGUAGGGUCGGGUAAUAGGGGGUCAGGUACCCAGGUAGUAAAUUUGGACUCGUCCCAGCCCUAGUCUGUAUAUUGAUCCUUCUGUCCAACCAGUUCACAAGGACUGUAGAGUCUUCUGUCUUCUGAAUGUUUUCACUGCAAGAUCCUUCACCUCCAGAUCUGCCCUGAAUCAUUGAAUGCCUCCAUGAUGGGAGCUGUUUUGUGCAUUAUGAGCCCUGGGCUUAUUCUGGGAUUAUGUAGUGCUUAGCACCAACAUGUACAAACAUCAUCAAAUAGUAUAACUUUGAAGGGGUACCACGCCAGGCCAAUUGGUAUUCCUAGAAAGUUGCAUUCAUGUCUUCAAAAUCCAGUUUGUUUAUCUGCUAAGUCAAAUCCCCUUUUGAAAACCAAAUGUAGUAUGUUGUAGGCAGUGAAAUUGACUGAGAGAUGAUUUUGGAGCCCUCCCUUUUAAAAAUGCUGAAUAUUUGUGGUGCAAUGUUUGGAGGGAGUUUGAUUAUUAUCACAGUUGGGUUCCUUAGGGCAAGGUUAUGAGAUAGUGCUGACAUUAGUAAAAUGUGCAGAGUACCUGAUACUAGAGCCUCUUUGGACAUGUGCAGGGUUCCUGAUACUAGAGCCUCCCUGGACAUGUGCAGGGAACCUGAUACUAGAGCCUCCCUGGACAUGUGCCGGGUACCUGAUACUAGAGCCUCUCUGGACAUGUGCAGGGUACCUGAUACUAGAGCCUCUCUGGACAUGUGCAGAGUACCUGAUACUAGAGCCUCCCUGGACAUGUGCCGGGUACCUGAUACUAGAGCCUCUCUGGACAUGUGCAGGGUACCUGAUACUAGAGCCUCUCUGGACAUGUGCAGAGUACUUGAUACUAGAGCCUCUGGACAUGUGCAGGGAACCUGAUACUAGAGCCUCUCUGGACAUGUGCAGGGUUCCUGAUACUAGAGCCUCUCUGGACAUGUGCAGGGAACCUGAUACUAGAGCCUCUCUGGACAUGUGCAGGGUUCCUGAUACUAGAGCCUCUCUGGACAUGUGCAGGGAACCUGAUACUAGAGCCUCUCUGGACAUGUGCAGGGUUCCUGAUACUAGAGCCUCUCUGGACAUGUGCAGGGAACCUGAUACUAGAGCCUCUCUGGACAUGUGCAGGGUACUUGAUACUAGAGCCUCUCUGGACAUGUGCUGGGUACCUGAUACUAGAGCCUCUCUGGACAUGUGCAGGGUACUUGAUACUAGAGCCUCUCUGGACAUGUGCUGGGUACCUGAUACUAGAGCCUCUCUGGACAUGUGCUAGGAACAUUUUAGGUUUUGAGAGAGCUGUCCUCGUAGAACUCGAUCUUAGAAUACAAUUACCAGGGACCAAUCGAAAUGCUGGAUUCCAGAUGCUAUUUCCAACAACUGCUCUGUAGUGUCGUCAGUAGGGUCUGUGUAUAGAUGGCGCUAGUUGCAUGUUUGUGUCUGAAUCAGAUUGGCUUAACUGCGGGUGAAUGACGGACACCUCAUCUUGGUCAAAUGUCGAACUUCUCAUUGAAUGGGGCUGUAUGCUCGGAAUGGGGCUGUAUGCUGUGAAUGGGGUUUUAUAGCCUCCAGACUUGGGACAAAUACUCAUAGUAUGCUGUUAAUCCUAUAGCCUGUGAAUAGUAACUAAUUUGGUGAAAAGGGAGCAUAUGUAUUAUAAUCCAAACCCUGUUAUCGAUGUGUAAUUGCUUCAUGACAUCAUCGCAGUUGGUGUCCAUGUUGAAACAGAUGUAACGUGUAAGAGUUUGUAAUCCACUUGUCGGCUGUGCAAAGUGUGGGAUGUCAUCGCUGUGUGUUGUGUGAGAGUCUUGUCACUGUGAAGCACGGUACUUCCACCUGUCCAUUAUAACAGCAUACAUGUUCCAAUGUCCCAGGUUAGUAAGCUUACAGGCAUUUGACACAGAGAUAAAAAAAAAAAAAUUUGACACAGAGAUACAAAAAAUAUAUUUGACACAGAGAAACAAAAAAUAUAUUUGACACAGAGAUACAAAAAAUAUUGAAAUAUCCAAUCACUUGGUCAGGGAAUGUUUUGUUGUUCAAAUUUGUUCAAACUCUUGUGUCAAAUGCCUGUUUUGUGUGUGUUAUUUUAGCUUCUUCAUAAUAUAUAUGAAAUAAAAGAAAUAUUUGUUAUGUAUGGGCGAUCAGUGGACACUUUAAACUAGAAUAUAUUUUAAGGAAAGAAUGUCCAGACCUGUUUGAGACAGACUUGUUAGCGUUUCUGUCAGGAGGAGCAGGAUUUAAAGGUAUAGUGGACUUACCUGUUGGUGAGUUAGAAAGACAAAAGACGGUAUUCCAUGAUCGAUUAAUUAUUAGAUUUUCAUCUCUGCCCAUCACUACUACCGUAUUCGACGUAAUAAAUGCCCAGGGCGCUCUCAAAAUUAGAAAUAGGGGGCUCUUAAUAGAAUAUUAUUAUGGUGGAAAAAAACCAUAGUUGAAAGAUAUAUUUCGUGGUUUGUGCUGACAGCCUGAAAUGUUUAUGUACGACAUAUAUUAUUCCAGAAUUUAAUUGCCCAUAAAUAAGGGUGCAUAUAACACACGUAUUAUACCGAAUAAAUAAGUCUUGUGUACAUUGAUCAAUCGGAUGGGAUACUAAUUGGGCCUAUUCACUAGCCAGUAUAUCAGCAAAUAUCGCAGUGGGUGCUUAUUAGAGCGGGGCGCUUAUUACGUCGGAAACGGUACUUUUUGCCCCAAGUUCCUACAGGCAAAGAAAAUAUAUUUAUUUAAAACAAAAUGUUCAAGAUGUGUGUACAUGGUAUACAUUAAAUUUGACGGAUGCGAUUCACAUGAAGCUUUUAUGUUUGGUCAAUCUCAUCAAAUCAGAGAGCGAAGGGUCUGAUUUUAAUAAGAUUGAUUUUGGGUAGGACUUUGGAGUAGUUCAUCACAAGUAGCAAACAUAAAAAAUGAGGUACCUCCCAUCUCAAACUUUUGAAAACAAUGAAUGAAGAUGAAGUAAUCAACUUAUAGUGGAUUGUCUUGUCAGCUGAAGCUUGGGAGAAAUCACAUUCAGUGUGAAAACUAUGACAAGCAUUUCUUUGUUAAAAAAAACCCCGAGAGGCAGAAAGUUUUGAAAUCUGAUUAUCAAGUGCAUAAGUCACUCAGAGCAGAGCAGCAAUAUCAUGGCUAGUGUACUUUGUGAAUAAGAUAUUUAAUUGAUUUGAGAACAAUUUAUCUUGUCAUGUCAAACUUGUGACAAUUUUUAGAAGUCAGUGCCAUUUUUGUUUAUGUUGUAAAUAAUGUCCUGUUUCCCCUAUUGUGUUGUUUCCCCUACUGUGUUGUUUCCCCUACUGCAUUGUUUCCCUUUGUUUGAUGUGUAUAUGUGUUUGAUCUGCUGCCGAAACAAGAAACACUACAGCUAUACUACAGCUAUACUACAUUGGCUGGCGAAACAAGAAACACUACAGCUAUACUACAGCUAUACUACAUUGGCUGCCGAAACAAGAAACACUACAGCUAUACUACAGCUAUACUACAUUGGCUGGCGAAACAAGAAACACUACAGCUAUACUACAUUGGCUGCCGAAACAAGAAACACUACAGCUAUACUACAGCUAUACUACAUUGGCUGCCGAAACAAGAAACACUACAGCUAUACUACAGCUAUGCUACAGCUAUACUACAUUGGCUGCACAGCUGCCACAGCAUCCUACAGGAUGCCACUACAGAUGUGAUGUACAAGGCGGUAGCAAAUGCUUUUACACCCAAUUAAAAUGUUAAUUAGCCUGAAUCUACCAACUUUAACAGGUCAUGGCGCGCCCUGUGGUCUGUCGUGAUUGUCAUUUUGUUGUUGUCUUUGCCUUAUGAUUUUUUGUACAGUAUUUGUGAAACGACAAGUUUUGAAACCACUGGCUUUCAUCCCUCCUUCUUUCACCAGAUGUAUUAAUCAGACAUAGCAUUCCUAGGUUGUACGCUGUGGUUCUGGUAGUUGGGUCUUAUUGUCCAAAUUGUCAAAUCUCUUGGAAAUUAUUUUUUAUUCAAUUUCAUUAUGUAGCAGAAUUAGAUAUUUGUUGGCUGAAAUCAAUGUCAGUGUUUGAAUUUAUGUUUUGUCAUUGGAAAUACUUUUCAGCCAAUUUGACCCACAUUUUUUGUGUCCAAAACGCUUUGUUUUCUACAUGUUUAAAAUAAAACCAUCCAUAUUCAGAUUGUACAAUGCGUUGGUAUUUGGGGAAAUUUAACUUCACAUUCAGUUGUGCAUUGAUGAUGCAUUGAGGACUAUAUUUAUGGUAUAUACAAGGCCAUCUGAAAGAUUCGGUGAAGUAGAGUGGUGUUGUCUUUGUUGGGCUGUGUAAAUAUGUACAGUGUCGCACGUCUCCAGCUGACUGCCAGCUGACGGGGUAGUCUGUAUCAUAACGAUGUGUUCAGUCGGCCAUGUGGGGGCACGGGUGGCCCAGUCGUCUAAGGCGCCGUGAUUAACUGUGCAGAGUAGGUCCCUUGGUCACGCCAGAAACCUAUGAUUGUGGGUUCGAAUCAAAGUUUGCCCCGAUUAUGUUUCUAGGUUUGUCAGCCCCAUACCUGUGCUCGUGGGUUCACUGAAGUGGUAAACGUCUGAGACCUGCAUCACUUCGGGCUUUCCUCCCACAUUAAGCUGACACGCCGCGAUAUAACUGGAAUACUGUGACCUCGGGGUCGCGUUGUGGUCGUCAUGGGAACACUGGGAUGAUUUGACCACAUGGGUGGGUUGUGUGGAGCCUGGCAUGAUAUGGCUGGAAUGAUGCUGUAAGUUGGACAAGGAUCCACUCACUCACUCACUCGCUUGCUCUCACACAAUGCUUGAAGCUUCUGGUCAAGCAGUCAAACAAGAUGAAGCCCAUCUUCCCAUACUUUGCAAUUUUGGUUUGUUUUUGUCAUUUAAUUAUGAAAAGGUUUUUGGAUGAGUCAAGAAUGUAAGCCUUUAUCAACUCCUGCUGGUGUAGUGGUCAAGACAAGCUUUGUAAUUAUUGUAUUCAAAAUAUUGAACACUUUAUUGAAGAGUCAACAAUAUAUGUUUGUUGAAAUAUAUGGCUUUUGACAACUGUAUAUAUCCACAGGGCCAUUGUGUUACAGGAAGAACUAUCUGGCUACUUUUUGUGUGCUUUGGGAUUGUGUGACUUGUAAACCGAUAUGGUAUUGUUGAAAUGAUAAUUAUCAUCGCUAAACUUUGUUGGUAAGCUCAUCAUAUCAGAAUUUGAACCCAAUACUCCAUUUCGGUGUCUGUAGUGUAUAUUUGUUUCGUUGUGUGACUGUUACAUGCAUAAUAUGUUCUGUGUCUAUGAGAUGGCUGGAUGCGUUGAACCAGUGUGUGCCAUGCAUGUUCAGCUACAUCCUCCGCAGACCAGCUACGCCAUCAAAUAUGAUUAUUAUGAUGUUUCCCUUGUAUAAUCCAGGGGUGCACGGAAUUCUGGUUCGUGUAAUCGAAGUGUCACUCUCUGUUGCUGUGAAUGAGUACUGACAUAUCCACAGUAUGUGACUUUAUUCCUUCAGUUAUAGUGUAGUCUGUGAAUGAUGUACGUACUGCUUCUCAAACAUCAACUGAUGCUGUAUUUAUCACAGAUUUGUUUUAAAUGUCUGAUAAAAGGUAUGCAAGACCAUCUUCCCGGGUGAAGGGAGUUAACUGACUAUAAAAGUCCAGUUUCCUCCUUUGCCAAACUAGGCUGGAAUUAUGGAGUUACAUUUUGACUAGUCUAUGCAUAGUCCAAUCCAAAUCGCGCAAUGAAAUCGACAUCUGGUUCAUAAGCUGGAUUUGCAAAGCGAGUGUACCACCAAUUCGCCAUCAACGGAUAUUUUCCAAAUCGUUUCAUGUUUAUUAUCAAGGUGAUUAUGUGAUUUGAUGCAUAUUGCGAAGUAUGACCCGUUUUAUUACAAUAUAGAUUUUUAUUAUCGAUCAUCAGAUAGUCUUUACCGGGCGUGGCCAUUUUGUUUUAAGCAAAAGCAAGUGAUAUGAUAGGAAAAAUCUGAUUGGUCAGUAGGAGGGUCAUAGAAGGGACAUAACUUGUUAUCACACUGGGUUAAGCCCAGAAAUUCCAGCCUAAUUUGGCAAGGGUGGAAAGUGGACUUAUACAGUCAGUCAACACCCUUGACUCCUGAAGAUGAUGUAAGACUUGCAAGGGCAAUUAUAUAUUUCACAUAAUAUUUAAGAUAACAUUUAUGAAGGCCACAUUUUUUUGCUUUUGUGGUUUAUUGUUUUCACGGACUAGUUACUUUGUUGUGAGAGUUAAAAUAUUUUAAAUUGGAUGUGUUUAGCAGACAUUGUGUUGGACUGUGUUCUUACACUAAAACUGUAACUGGAAAUCUGAAGUUGCAGCGGCACUGACAGUUGCAGUAGUACUGACAGUUGCAGUGGUACUGACAGUUGCAGUGGUACUGACAGUUGCAGUGGUACUGACAGUUGCAGCGGUACUGACAGUUGCAGCGGUACUGACAGUUGCAGCGGUACUGACAGUUGCAGUGGUACUGACGGUUGCAGUAUCACUUCUUUCAGAUGCAAGUUUGUUCUCAGCAUUCUGUUAUUAAUAAAAUAAUUAACCAUU